GUUAAAGCCACUGCACUGCACUGCACUGCUGUGCUCUGCUCCGUUCUGUUCUUCACUGUGUCUUGGUUGGGCGUGUAAUUAAUAUAAAUCCAUCUCAAAGAUUCCUUCCAUACAGCUCACUUCCGCGCAGCUUUUUCUUUUGGUUUUUCCGAUUUUUUCUUUCGCCCAAGCCCCACCACCGGUCAUCAUGAUGAUCCCCCGCCCCGUGUUGCUUUCUCGUUAGGGUUUUUCCCCCUUCCAAUCGCACCGCCUCUUCCUUUCUUCUCCCUCCUCCUCCUCCUAAACCUAGCUAGUUCUUUCUUCUGGAGAAUUGGGUUUUAGGUUUAGGUUUAUGUACAUGCUUCACUCCUUUCAAUCUGUGUAUAUAUAGUUCCUGCGAAUUGGAUUCAUGGCUCAUCAGUCGAUUCCGGGGGCUGGGUCGGGCUUGCAGUUCGUGAAUCAUCGCCAUCAUCAUCAUUAUCAUCAUCCCUUUGGGGACACUACCUAUACCAAGGUGUUCGUCGGCGGUCUGGCGUGGGAAACGCAGAGCGAGACGCUGCGCCGUCACUUUGAGCAGUUCGGGGAGAUCCUAGAGGCCGUCGUCAUAAACGACAAGCAUACCGGCCGAUCGAAGGGAUAUGGCUUUGUUACAUUUCGUGAUCCUGAAUCUGCCAAGAAAGCUUGUGUAGAUCCAAAUCCAGUUAUUGAUGGUAGAAGAGCAAAUUGUAAUUUGGCUUCACUUGGGCGGCCACAACCUUAUACUCCUUAUGGACACCCGAGAUCAGCAAUGCAGUAUUAUGGAAUACCUCAGAUCCCUAGGAGUGCCUAUGUGGGAAGCCCAAUUUUUCACCGACCAGUCUCUUUCAACUACCAAGCUGGGACUGGAUAUCCAGCAUAUGGGUAUACAGGUUAUGGAUCUGAAUAUUUCUACCCACAGGGCAUCUACAAUCCUUAUAUGGGUCAAAAUUACCUUCAGAUGUAUGGAGUACCUGGCACGGUUAAUACAAAUAUUCUACCGUAUGGGCAAAUGGUUCAUCCUAGCCAAGGCUAUCAAACCAUCCAAGCCAAUUUGAUGCCAGGCCAUGUUCCACUAUAUGGAGGACCCCGUGUGAAUGGAGUAACUACAGAAACUGUUGUCACAACUCAACCACCUUACCAGACAGGGAUAACUGCUCCUGCUCCUGCUCCAGGACAGGCACGGAUUAUAUUUCCUGCUCAUCCUCCCCAAAUCAUUCAGAGUAAUGGUUCUGAUCCAAUGGCUGGUUGACUGGUAAACAAAAUGAGACAAAUAUUAAGUCAAUCCCCUAGUUGUGAGAGAACUACACCAACUGCUACUUGAGUGGCGGACUUCGAAUCUAGCCUUGCAAAUACUUGUCUUUGCAUUCAAGAGGUGUUGUCAACCAAACUUGAGGUCUUCCGAGUCAUGGUCACCAAGGACACAGUUGAGUCACUUGUAAGAUACCAAGUUGCACUGAGCCUGGUCCCAAAACAUUGAAGGGUGUGGAUUGCCCUUUCACUUGUCUGUACGGCAGAGUGUCUUCUUGCCAGGACGCAGGUCGCUGGCGGAGCACAAUUUCAUAGAUUGCUGGAAUAUGGUUUCCUGCAAUCAAUCAAUACAAAGAGAGAAUCAACAUAUGAUUCUUGAAUUGUCUGGACCCAGGGUUUGGGUCCAUAGUUUUAUUGCAUUUUCUGUUGCUGGAACCCGAAACACAUUUCCAUCACCUUCUACCAGCAAAUCACUUAAAAAAGACUGAAACUGAAGUUUUCUUUGCCAAA